UCAGCACCCACCCCCAAUAUCAAAUCCCCAGCUGCUCAGUAUCUGAUUUGCAUUUCCACAGCUGAAUGAAUCUGCUGACUUCCCUUUUCUUUUCCGUUACAGGUCUUGUGCGCAGGUGCGGCACCAAGCCCUGGGUUUGACAUUGAAGCUGUUUCCAGCCCAACCAACGUGACAUUAACAUGGAAGCAUGUUUCAACUCCUUCAGAGUACACUUACAGAAUAGAGACUAAGAUGGAAAAGAAUAUGACGUUUACCACUGCUAAAAACCAAACAUCAUACACCAUCAGAGGCUUAAGUGCAGCUACUUCCUAUACAUUCUCCAUCACUCCGAUGAUAGCCAAUGAGACCUCGGGAAACUCCACGGACAAAAAUGUCACAACAAAACCUUGGCCUGUGUCUGAUCUCCAAGUUGCUUCCAAGGGUGUGACACAGGCUGCUCUCAACUGGAGCGAUGCAAAUGGUACCGCCUCCUACCGGAUGCUUCUUGAAUGCUUCGGAAACAGCAAACAGAUAACUCCGCAUUCGGCCUUCAAUAUUUCCGGCCUGAAGCCGGGGUCCUGCAAUAUCUGCAACUUGUUGGGUGCAGAAGGGGAGUUACAAAAUUGUGCAUCAGAUACCAAUGACAUCGAGAGAAGCCCAGUGGCCAACCUAUCCCAAGUACACAGGAAUUUCCUCUGCUCUGUAGUCCUAGCCUGUGUCCAGAGUCCCUCCCUCACACAGGUCUUGCUCACUGGGCUAAAGCCUGGUACUAACUACACAGCCAAAGUUUAUCCUCGAGCAGCAGAUGACACAGAAGGACAGCCUGGAAUAAAAGCCUUUACAACAGAUCCCAUCAAGGUUUCUGACAUCAGAGCUGUGAGCAUCAGUGCCACAAACAUGACCCUGACCUGGAAGAUCAAUAACAACGAGUCAUCUUUUUGCUACACCUACAAGAUACAUGUGGCUGGCGGGUCCAGUGCCUUUAACCAAACUGUCAAUAAGACUGAGGCCAUCAUCCGUGGACUCACUUCAAGUACCUUGUACAACAUCACAAUAUGUCCUUUUCUGGGUCAUGAUGAGGGCGAAUCAGACUUCCUCCAAGUGUAUACUUCCCCUGGUCCAGUUUCUGACUUCCAAGUGACAAAUGUCAACAUAAGGGAAAUUGGUUUGACUUGGAGAAGCAAUGACUCAGAAUUUAGAAUUCUUACCAUGGAGGUGGGAGGUGAGAAGAUUAAAAAUUAUACAACCAGAAAUCAGAGCUUUAUCAUUGAAGACUUAAAGCCUGGAACCAGUUACCAUUUUGAAAUAUUUCCACGAGGACCAGAUGGGACUGAAGGGCCAUCCAGAACAGUUGAUGGUAGAACUGACCGCAGUGCUGUGAUUGACAUCCGCAUAGUCAGUGUCACGUCCAGUGAAAUGCAGCUGGAAUGGGAGAAUACAGACAGUACUUCUGGAUAUAACUACCAUGUAGUUCUAGAGUCUGAAUGUGGCCGCAGCAAUACCACCAGUUCUCAGAAAUCCAUCACACUAAGGGACCUCACCCCAGGCACCUUAUAUAAUGUCACAGUCACUCCAGAAGUGGAACAGGUCCAGGGUGACGCCACCUCCGUUGCCCAGUACACACGGCCCAGCAAUGUGUCUGACAUUGAAGUAAACACCAGCACAACCGUGGCAACCAUCUGGUGGAACAAUUUGGACAAAGCCUCUCCUAAGUAUUCCUACCGCCUUAUCUUGAAGGCUGGAGAUGGUAGCAAUGUAACCAAGAUGAUUAUCACAGAUGUUGGAAUCACUUCUCAGAUGGUCUAUGAUUUAAUCCCUGGCUCCUCUUACACAGUGGAGAUCUUUGCAAAAGUUGGAAAUGUUACAGAGUCACUGGUACCUGGCUGGAAGUCAUUCUGUAUGGAGCCUGCGCCAGUGGCCUUCUUCCACUGUGAGGUGGUCCCUAAGGAGCCAGUUCUGGUUCUGAAGUGGCCCUGCCCCCCUGGCAUGAAUACCGGCUUUGAGCUAGGGGUCAGGAAUGACACGUGGAACAAUAUGACAUACCUGAAAAACUGCAAUUCAGAGGAUGACACAGAAUGCAGGGGGAAAGUACAAAAUUUGACAUUUUCUACCUCGUACAACAUCAGCAUUGUCACCUUGUCAUGUGGAAAGAUGGCAGCUCCCACCCAGAGCACCUGCACCACUGGCAUCACAGACCCACCUUCUCCAGAUGGAUCCCCUAAUAUUACAUCUGUCAGUCACAAUUCAGUAAAGGUUAAGUUCAGUGGUUUUAAAGCCAGCAAUGGACCUAUCAAAGCCUAUGCCAUCAUUCUCACCACUGGGGAAGCCGGCCAACCUUCUGCAGAUGUUUUAAAGUAUACAUAUGAAGAUUUCAAAAAAGGGGCCUCGGAUACUUAUGUGACAUACCUCAUAAGAAUAGAAGAGAAGGGACGUUCUCCGGGCUUGUCUGAAGUGUUGAAAUAUGAAAUUGAUGUGGGGAACCAAUCCACCACCCUCGGCUAUUACAACGGGAGGCUGGAGCCGCUGGGCUCCUACCGGGUGUGUGUUGCUGGCUUCACCAAUAUUGCCUAUAACCUUCACAAUGAACAACUCAUCAAUGGGAAUGAAAGCUACGUGUCUUUCAGUCAAUACUCGGAGGCCGUGUUCUUGCCUCAGGAUCCAGGUGUCAUCUGUGGAGCAGUGUUCGGAUGUAUCUUUGGUGCCCUGGCCAUUGUGGCUGUGGGAGGCUUCGUCUUCUGGAGAAAGAAAAGGAAAGAUGCCAAAAAUAAUGAAGUGUCGUUUUCUCAAAUUAAACCUAAAAAAUCCAAGUUAAUUCGAGUGGAGAAUUUUGAGGCCUACUUUAAGAAGCAGCAAGCUGACUCCAACUGUGGGUUUGCAGAGGAAUAUGAGGAUCUGAAGCUGAUUGGGAUAAGUCUACCUAAGUAUACAGCUGAAGUAGCGGAGAACAGAGGGAAGAAUCGCUAUAACAAUGUCCUGCCUUAUGAUAUUUCUCGAGUCAAACUUUCAGUCCAGACCCAUUCGACGGAUGACUACAUCAAUGCCAACUAUAUGCCUGGCUACCAUUCCAAGAAAGAUUUCAUUGCCACACAAGGACCUUUACCCAACACUUUGAAAGAUUUUUGGCGUAUGGUUUGGGAGAAAAAUGUAUAUGCCAUUGUUAUGUUGACCAAAUGUGUAGAACAGGGAAGGACCAAAUGUGAGGAGUACUGGCCUUCCAAGCAGGCUCAUGACUACGGGGACAUAACUGUGGCAAUGACCUCAGAAGUUGUUCUUCCGGAAUGGACCAUCAGAGAUUUCGUGGUGAAAAAUAUGCAGACAAGUGAGAGUCAUCCUCUGCGGCAGUUCCAUUUCACCUCCUGGCCUGACCACGGUGUUCCCGACACCACUGACCUGCUCAUCAACUUUCGUUACCUGGUCCGAGACUACAUGAAGCAGAUUCCCCCUGAAUCACCAAUCCUGGUGCAUUGCAGUGCUGGGGUCGGAAGGACAGGCACUUUCAUUGCCAUCGAUCGUCUGAUCUACCAGAUAGAGAAUGAGAACACCGUGGAUGUGUAUGGUAUUGUCUAUGAUCUUCGGAUGCACAGGCCUCUGAUGGUGCAGACAGAGGACCAGUAUGUUUUCCUCAACCAGUGUGUUUUGGAUAUUAUCAGAGCCCAGAAAGACUCAAAAGUUGAUCUCAUCUAUCAGAACACAACUGCAAUGACAAUCUAUGAAAACCUCGAGCCAGUGAGCAUGUUUGGAAAGACUAAUGGUUACAUCGCCUAGUUCCAAAGCAAACCCUUUCUGAAGUUAACCAGACCGCCACACCCACAGUGAAGGAAAAUGCCCUGAUGUGGACAUGUUUUUAUAUGUCUCAUUUCUCAGUUCUUUGUUCUGUUCUGUUAGAACUACCUUGGAGGGCAUGAGGCUGUGCGUGAAAAACAUGGCAGAUAGGGAGUUGGGGCUGUCAGGAGCUAUGGACAGGUGGUGUGUAAAUCAGCUGCAUUCCUGAUUACCAAUGGGAUGGGUUUACUUUUUUCCCCCUUGAGAAUUGUGGAAAACCAGGAAAAGUGAGCUACGAUUUUAUUUUUCUUUUCCAAACAGGUUCGUUCUCUCUCUCUCUCUCUCUCUCUCUCUCUCUCUCUCUCUCUCCCUCUCCCUCCUUUAUCUCUCUCUAAUUUUUUUAGGACUUUUAUAUGAUUCACAUGCUAAAGCCAGGAUUAUGUUGGGUUGAAUAUAUUUUAAGUAUCAGAGGUCUAUUUUUACCUACUGUAUCUUGGGAUCUAGCUGAUGGAAAUACAUGACUGUGGGUGUUUAUCAUGCAGGGAGGGGCACAUGGUGCCUUUUCUGCAUGGGUUUCUAUUUGAACAUGUGCCUUUUUUGAAUUAUGCUUCCAUGGGCAAAACUCAGUAGAUAUCUCUAUUUUUAUAUUGACUCUCAUAAUUGGAAUAUACAGAAUAUUUAAAUAGUAGCUUAGUAUCAGAGUUUGCCUUCUCAGUAACAUUCCUGUUCUCAUUUGAUUAGAGGAGGCUUUCUCUUUGACCCACCCUUGACAUACAUUUGUGCUCCAUUUUCUUCUUUCUUUUUUUUUUCUUCUUCCCAGUUUUCUCCAAAGGCUUCUGUUGAUGACAUUUUCAUCCCAUCAGUUGGGUGAGAAUAGAGAUUUAAAAUACCACCAUGAGACUCUCUGUGGGGUGGGGUGGGGGAUAGGAGAAGCAGAGGAAUUGUCAUACCACGGUGUACACCCCUUUCCAUCCCGUCUUCUGCUUUCUCUCAUUUCUGUCUUUGGUAAGAAGGAUUAUUUAAAGGUGCAAUAUGUGACUUAGUGGUUCACGAUGCUCUGGGUUUUUAGUAAUGUUUUACUCAGGUUGGCAUUUUACGUGUGUCUGUGUGUGUGUGUGUGUGUGUGUGUGUGUGUGUGUGUGUUUUAUAGUGUGGUGAUCUGUGAACAUUUCAGUGUGAACUCAGAUUAACCCUUUUCCCCCCAAGUCCACUGGCUUUAGUCUCUAUCUGCAGUGACAUACGUCAGUAUCUACUGUAUAUAUAAAUACUAAACUCUCACACCAGUCAUUCCUAUGAAUUGAGGUGUACAAAGUUUGAUUUGUAUCAAAGAUGUAAUUAUUAUUUUUAAAACCUCUUUUCACUACACUGCUGCUGUAAUUACUUUGAUUUUUUUUAAAAGAAAAUGUAGAUUUUUUUUUUUUUUUGCUUCAGGUGUGUAUUCACCAAGAAUUUCAGAAUUUAUGAGGAUUUAUUUUAUUGGUACAUAAUCUGUAAACUUCUCAAGGCAUUAACAUGACAAGAUUUGUGUCUUUUAUUUUAUCUUGUGGCUCAGGUUAUAUUUGAAGAAGUUUUGAGUUUAUUCUCUAGUAGGCAAUGAAGUAUAUAAGGUCUUAUGAAGGAAUCGCCAAGUCCCUGGAGUCCUGUGGCUGUUUUCCACAGUGACACAUCCUGCUGUAUGUUUGGGACGACGGUACCCUGUUGAAGAUGAGAGCAGGGUCUUCUGAGGUGUCCUGGCUGCUGUGGGCCCUGGGGCAGCCUUCAGGAUUCUGCCGUUGCUCUUCACUUCACCAGCACUUUGAUGACUGUCUGGAUAUGAUCAUGAGUACUUUAGGGUUAUAGAGAGUGAACUGUGAUGUGCUAAAAAGCCCUUGAUGUGGUCAGAGCUGUAGUGCUGUAUGUCUUCUGUCCCCCUUUCCUUCGAGGUACUGAGGAUUGAAAGGAGAGGUCAGGGCGGUGUCAUGCUUUGGGUGAGAAUUUUACUUCUCAAAUGGAAACUGCACUUUUUGCUAAAUCCUUUGCAUUUUGAUGUUCAUUUAGUGUCAGGCCUUUUCAGGAAAGGGCUGGCCAGGGUAGAUUAGGCAGGCCCCUUGACUCACCUUCACUGGGAACUUUGACAAUGCAGUUGUGAAUCAGGGAAGCCAUGCUGUUCCCAGGUGUGGAGGGAAGCUGAAGGUGGGCUCAUUAUUCCCAAAUCCCAUUUGGCUGCCCCUAGCACGUGCUGACUCAGGGGUGCCGUACAGAUGGGCCUGUCUGACAAUAGUUCUGUGUACCACCUGCCCACCUCCUCAGUGUGCUAGGAACCAUUGUAGUGGAUAGUGAGGGGUCAGAUCCAGUGCAGCCUGAAGCCCAGCCUCCGCUGCCACGGGAAAGGCUGGGGGAAGGACUUGCCCCUAACAAAGUCCUGUAAAAGAUCGAAUGGUGUCUCUUAAAAAAAUGAAAGCAGCAUAAUCAUAAACAUACUGUAUAGAAAUGCAAAACACAGAAACCUCUGCUUCUGCCCGAAUGGGUCUGGAAAGUCCUUAGGAACCAGCCCCAGCAAACCACUGUCACAUGCUAAUCCCAGGCUCAGGAGGAAGGGCCAAGAGGUUGGGAGUUCCAAAUGGGCAGGUCACAGGAAGGUCACCAGGCUAUUCCACAUCUAGAGGAGGACUGUGUGGUGGGGUUUGUGUAGCACAGUCAUUGGAAAGGGAAGAUUAACAUGUUGGUAGGAGGACGCAUGACUGAGACCAGGGCUGGCCAGAGGUGAGGGGAAGGUACUUCUCACUGGAUGCCCCAAGCCCUCGAUGGAACUGUGAACUGAAAUUUGAAGAGUCUGGUGAAACUGGAACGAUGGAGCUCCCUGCUCAGAUGUGAUGGUUGCAUAGAGAAAAGCAGCCAGGGUGGAACCUGCCCACCAAAGAAAGGGCUACAGACUGGUGGCCAGAUUCUGUGGAGGACUUGGGCCAUUGAUGUCUUCUCCUAAGAACAAAGACUUUUCCUCCGGAGCUGAAACCAGAAGGAAAUUAGGCAUCUGUUCUCUGAGGCCACUUUGUGAUUUCCAGCCAGACUUGGACACAAUGGACCCUCUGGAUUUGUGCUUUGUGAGGUUGGAGGCUCUGGGGGGUGGGGUAGGGAGGAGGUGGGGAAGGGUUAACUAUGCAGCUGAUUCACACCUGUUUUUCUGGGAUGGAGAAGCCUGGUUCUCUUUUGCAAUGCUUGAUUGCACUUGUUCAGCUAAACAAGCCUGGUGACUGGAGUUGAUUCACCUCAAAACAAAGUCGGAAUUCUCUGUUUUCAGACUACCGUGUAGUGACUGUGUGUUUAACAACUGUAGCUUUUUCUCCCGGGGCGGGGCACAGAACAGACGUGUUGAUGUGGACUCUAAACUGUACUUUCUUGUAACUAUUUUGGAAUGAUGCACAUUUCUAAUGUCUGUUAUACUUGUACAGAGUAUUGCUGUUGGUUGCUUUUUUUUUUUAAAGGAAAAAAAAUGGCCUGAAAACUUUUUUUUUAAAGACUUACAAAUACCAAAUAUAAAAUAUGUCAACACAUUA